GAUGUUUCGGCCUGUUUCGGCACUAGCCGGACAUUUUCGCCUCUUUGUUUUACUGAUAGUGGAUUUAACUCGGAUUCAAUCCAAUAUCCAGCGGACCGCUGUGGCAAUAAACAGAUGUGUGAGGUGGAGCACAGGAUGCAGAGUUAACGCCACCCUGUGUGUCCCAGAAGAAUCCUGGCUGCCGGGUCCUCAACAGUAGACACAUGGCGGCAUUAGGGAACCCCGAGAUGUUAACCCGAAAGAUUAAACUGUGGGACAUCAAUGCCCACAUAACCUGCCGUCUGUGUGAGGGGUACCUGAUUGACGCUACAACGGUCACCGAGUGCUUACACACCUUUUGCAGGAGCUGUUUGGUGAAAUACCUAGAGGAAAACAACACAUGUCCCACGUGUCGGAUUGUCAUUCAUCAGAGCCAUCCACUGCAGUACAUCGGACAUGACCGAACAAUGCAGGAUAUCGUGUAUAAAUUGGUGCCAGGUUUGCAAGAAGCCGAGAUGAAGAAACAGAGGGAGUUUUAUCAGAAGUUAGGCAUGGAGGUGCCUGGAGACAUUAAAGGAGAACUGUGCAACACAAAAACCCUUCCUGACGCUCAGCGGAAUGGUGACCAGAAACCAGAUGAUCCGUCCAAUAAGGAUGCUGCAGAGGAGAAGGCAGAAGAGGACAAUGAUUACCAUCGGAGUGAUGAACAGGUGAGUAUCUGUCUGGAGUGUAACAGCAGUAAACUCAGAGGACUCAAGCGGAAAUGGAUACGAUGUUCAGCCCAAGCCACGGUUCUCCAUCUCAAGAAGUUCAUCGCAAAGAAGCUCAACCUGACGUCCUUUAAUGAGCUGGACAUCUUAUGCAAUGAAGAAAUCUUGGGCAAGGACCAUACACUGAAAUUUGUUGUGGUAACAAGAUGGAGAUUUAAGAAAUCCCCCCUCCUCCUGCAUUACAGACCCAAAAUGGAUUUGCUGUAGUCGGACAAAAAAGGUUGGUUGUUUCUGGCCCGGUGGCCCUGGACUGUGCUUCACACUAUAAAUAUGCAGAGACCAUCAACGUCCACACCAAACAAAAGCCCAACGCAGAUACGAGCCAGCAAACAACAAGGAUCACAGCUACUGUGACACUGGCGGCCUGUGGGAACAACCGCUUCGGUCUGUUGUGUCCGCUAUAUGUCCUAGAUAUGUGAAAAAUUAAGAGAAAGCAUAUAUUUAUACUUUUGUAUAGACGAGCGAAGUUGAACCAAGACCCUAUUGGUGCGCUGUUUACACAUUAAAACAAAAAUACAAAAAAUAGGGGGUAACGAAAAUGGUUUAACAUUUUUUGUACCAAUUGGACUUCGUUUCGAACUCAACUACGGGCAAAACGAUGGUGCUCGGGAUCUGUCAUUCUCCGUGGAAGUGUCUUCUUACACUGCUAACCAGAGGAGAUGCCGCGUUUCAAACGGACCGUUCUCUCUCUCAGGUCUCAACCAACACUUCUCGGGAGCGCAGAGCCUUUUUAUGCUUAUACAAAAGCGGUUUAUAUAAGUUGUGUAUUAUCUCAGAGCAGUUUCAUUCUUUACUUUCAGCGUCGCUACAAGUGGAAUUGUGAAUAGGCAAAUUUAUGUGUAGUAUUUAUGUUCUAUUUACCAAUAUUGUAUAUAAAAGUUGUUAACAGAGAGAAGGACUAAGAGGUGUGAUGAAAAAGUAUGUAAAAGAUUAAAGGUUAGAGAGAAAUAGAGACUGGUUUUUCAAAAGUGCUAUAUUUUGGGCUGCGUUUAUGUGGAUAUAAACAUGAAUUCAAGCCAGAUUUCAUCUUUUCAGACUUUUUAUGUUGCAAAAAGCAACAUUUUCAUUAAUUUAAACCACUCAUUAUUAAAUUAACACUCCACUUUUUUUUUU